GUUAGUCAGUGACUCUAUGUAACAUCUUCUAUCUAUAGCCAUCAACAUCAACAUACACCAGUCUACUCACUCGAGAAUUCCCAGUUGAAGCGAACGGUCAGCUUCCUGGUACACUCCAGUAACUUGUUCAACUGUUGAAGGGAGGAUAAACAAUUUCGCUUGUUUAUUGGAUUCCAAGAUGGCUGAGCCACACGAAAGAGAGUGUGCUGUGUGCACGAACAACUUCACGACACCAAAGAUUCUACCCUGUGGUCAUCUCCUAUGUCGAGAAUGUGUCAUUUCCUGGAUGGAUUCCAAACGUGAUGCCGGGUGUCCGCUGUGUAGAUGUCCUAUAGUCGAGCAGUCAGAUGGAAGUUCGUCCGACACUGUUGACGCCCUACCGACAGACUUUGUGAUGGAAGCGCUGGUGGAGAGUGCUCGUGUGCUGAGUAAAGAUCACCUUUGUUGUGUGUGUGAGGACGUCAGGGCGGACUUCAUCUGUAUGCAGUGUCAGGUCCUGUUGUGCUCAUCGUGUACAAAGGCUCAUAAAAAGCUUCCGGUGACCCGCAGUCACGAUGUGGAGAGUGUCAGCACUGUGACACCUGAACGUCUGGCUGCCAGCCGCCCUGCACUGUGUGCUGACCACGGCGACAAACAGGCGGAGUACUUCUGCCGCGAACACCGCCUCGCUGUCUGCUCAGCCUGUAAGGCUAAUAAACACACAGUAUGCCCGGAAACAAACUAUCUUGACGAUGAAAUAGAGACAGCUCAAAAUUCACUGAACGACUUGACAAAGAUUCUGGUAGAAGCGGAGCGGAAACUAGAGCAGGCUAUAGGUCAGCUGACGUCACGUCUACAGGAAGUUGAUGUCAGCGAACAAGAAUGUAUGGCGAAGGUAGACAAAGCAUGUGACCAUCUUCAGGAGAUAGUGGAAGAUUUCCGUAAGAAUUUGAAGGAAAAGACCUGCACGUCACAUCUCAAAAUCAGGAAUACAUUAGGUGACGUCAAGACUGACCUUAGCAACCGUCUCGGGAAGGUGACGUCACACAAACACAUUGUGACGCGAGCGGUGGCUGUGUCACCACGUCCUGCACUAAUACCCAUGACACAGGCUCUGACAGACAGGGUCAAAUGCCUUGACCUUAGCGCCGACUUGCAACAAGAUGUGUGGGUGAAGCCCUUGUCAGGUACAGAGGGUUGUAAACAAGUUGUGAGACGGAUACAACAGGAUCUACUCUUGUUGGAGGAGCAGUGGACAGAGGCAGAGCAGACGGUAGACAGUUUGCGUUUGAUGUCGGCUGCUGAUACGAGUAGAGGGUUUCUACCUGUGCAUGCAAUAAACUGGCAGAAUAUGUGUGGACACUUUGUAAGCCCCAUAAACUCUUCCAUUGGACGAAGGCAGAUCAUGGUUUUGCCUCGAAAAGGCGGAUGGUGGUGACUCAGAGUAUAUCAGACAAAGUAGGAUUAACCAGAUGCAAAAAAGUUUAACGCAGUGUCAAAAUCAUAUUAUUUGACCAAAAAGAAUAUGCUAAUUAUAAACAUCACAAUCGUAAUUGGAGAAAAAAAAAAGAUCCCGGUCCUGCUACGUUUUCUUUUUUAAGGAUUUUUACACUGCUAUUUUGCAAUAUUUUUUAUGUCAUCUUAAUAAGCGUCUAUAACAAAAACAUACAAAGUUUGAUAAUCAUUAGAUAUUAUACAACAAUAUUAUCUCUAGUUUUAAUUUUUAUGCACAUUACCUUUUUAUUAUAUAUGCAAAUUAUGAAUGUGUUUAUUGUUUCUACCUCCUAUAUGUUCAUGCAUUAAGCUUUACGCAGAAUAUUUACGCCAUGUACAAAUAAAACACCUGUAAUAUUCAUCCUCCCUUUUCUGUCCUCCUUGAAGCAAGUAGGUACAUAAUUUGCCCUUUAUAUAUUUCAGAAAUGGUAUUUGGUUCUGAACAAACACAAAGCACACUCAGAACCUGUAAAGUUGUAUAUUUUGUUUCCUAGGAAGGUCAUCAGAAUGUUGAAAAUACAUAAAAAAUCGUCAACUUG